AUGUCGAUGAAAUGUCGCGGAAAAAUUGGUGUGUUAUUGGAUAUAUUUUGGACAAUUGGUUUCAUGAGUGCAUUUGCAAUAUCAUUAGCAUAUAUUCCAAGCUUAGCUCUACACUCAGCAGAUUUAAGAAUUGCAUCAUGGAGAAUGUUUUCGGCUCUGUCUGGUGUUCUCUGCAUUAUGGCAUCGUGUGUUACAGCAUUAACUUUUAACAGUCCCAGAUAUUUAUUAAUGAAGAGACAUUUUAUUGAAGCAAAAGAAACUUUAAAGCAUAUAUAUGCUAUCAAUUGUUCACAGCAUGCUGAUAAUUGGCCGGCAGCACCGGAAAUUGAUAUAACGGAUUUAAUUCGACCACAGUUUUUUAAUGAAGAACGUUCGCCAGCUACAUGUUAUGAAGGAAUAGUUCGAAUAUUAAAACGAGUGAAAAUUUUAACUUUAAUUUUAAUUCGAAAAGAAUAUAAACAUGCUACAUAUUUACUUGUGUGUUUAAAAAUAACAUUAUUUCCUUGUUUAUUUACAAUUUGCAUAUUAAUGUCAUCUGUGGUAAAAAAACUAGAAUCUGUUAAAUAUCUUGAACAUACGAUACUAUCACCGAAUUAUAUGUUAUCUUCUGAAGAUAUUUUACUUGUUUUUAAAACAUUCGACGACGAUCAUAAUCAGUGUUUAUUUGAAGUAAAAUUUUUAACAUUUUAUCUAACACUAGGAUUUUUACUAAGUGCAACAGCAGGUUUAAUUCUACUUUACAAAACAAUUGAAAAAUUUGGACGUAGAAAAUUAUUGAGGAUCAGUUUUUUUAUGUGUGCAGUAACCUCCUUUGCACAAGUAUUCUCACUUCACAUGUAUACGCGAAUUAUCGUGUCAGCAGUUUUGUCAUUUUUCUUCGCUAUUGCAGAAAGCAUUCUUAAUGUUAUAGCCGUGGAAUCAUAUCCAACCCGUUUACGAGGUACAGGCAAUGGUUUUGUACAUUUUUUUUCUGCAAUUGUUCAAGGCUGUAUGCUUGCAUAUUUAAAUCUUCCCUGCUAUGUGAUAUUUGGCAUAUAUUCCAGUUUUUUAAUCGUUGGAUUAAUUCUAUCAUCAUUUGUCAAAGAUUUACGCAUGAAGUCCAUGGUAGAGUAAUUAACUAUAGGG